AUGAAGGCACACAAUAUUUUGGCUCUGGCAGCCAUUUUAGCUUCUGUGAACGCUGUGUAUCCGCCGGUUUCGGGGGACAAGUCGAUCAGCGAUGCGGAUCUGGUGACGAUCCAGGUCACGCAAGCGAAGGACGACAAGAAGCUGGAUCAACACUUGGAAAGCCUCAAGGCCGAUGCAACAAAGGGCGCGAAUGCAUUGAACGCUGAAGCAGAACUUCCACGCCACUCAGAGGUGUUUUUCAUGUCGACGUCGAUGAUCGUGGUCAGCGAGAUCGGUGAUAAAACAUUUCUGGUGGCCGCCUUGAUGGCCAUGAAACACCCAAGAAUGGUGGUGUUUUCCUCCGCUUUGGCUGCCCUGGCCUUCAUGACGAUUCUCUCGGGUGUUGUGGGACACGUGCUGCCUAGCCUCAUUCCUCAUCGGCUGACGCAAUUCUUGGCAGGUGUGCUCUUUGUUAUCUUCGGAGUCAGCCUGCUCAAGGAGGGCAUGGCCAUGUCAAAGAACGCGGGAAUAGACGAGGAACUCGCGGAAGUUGAGGAGGAGAUCGAGGUUUCAACGCUGAACCAGCGUUCGGGAAGUUUGGAGGAGGCCGCCGUGCCGGGCGCAGUUGCGAGAAAACCGAUUUGGAAGGAGGGCCUGUCCCACGUCUCCAACCUUGCAUCUUAUAUCUUGUCGCCGGUCUGGGUGCAAACUUUUGCAAUGACCUUUUUGGGUGAAUGGGGAGACCGCUCGCAAAUUGCAACCAUAGCAAUGGCUGCCGGCUCUGACUACUGGAUGGUUAUUUUGGGAGGCGUCGUUGGGCACGCACUCUGCACGGGCAUGGCGGUGAUCGGAGGACAAUUGCUCGCCACCAAGAUCAGUAUGCGCAGCGUCACUUUAGGAGGGGCCAUUGCAUUUUUCAUCUUCUCCGUGCUGUACUUCUACAAUGCCUACUACGACAUAGAAUCGUAG